AUGGCAAUGGUAGUUAGCAGCUGGCGAGAUGCGCAGGAGGAUGUGGCCGGGGGCGGCCCCGCCGGAGCAGCUCAGCCGGGCCGGGACCCGCAGCAAGGGGCCUCCGCCGCCCCCCACACCCCGCAGACGCCGAGCCAGCCGGGCGCCCCGUCCACGCCGGGAGACAAGGGCCAGCAGCAGCAGCAGCAGCAGCAAGGCGGGGGGCAGAGCGGGCAGCAGCAGCAGCAGCAGCACAUCGAGUGCGUGGUGUGCGGCGACAAGUCCAGCGGGAAGCACUACGGGCAGUUCACCUGCGAGGGCUGCAAAAGUUUCUUCAAGCGGAGCGUCCGCCGGAACUUAACGUACACUUGCCGAGCCAACCGGAACUGUCCCAUAGACCAGCACCACCGCAACCAGUGCCAGUACUGUCGCCUCAAGAAGUGCCUCAAAGUGGGCAUGAGGCGGGAAGCCGUCAGUCGAGGAAGGAUGCCUCCGAGCCAGCCGAACCCGGGCCAGUACGCGCUGACCAACGGCGACCCGCUGAAUGGGCACUGCUACCUGUCGGGCUACAUCUCGCUGCUGCUGCGGGCCGAGCCCUACCCGACGUCGCGCUACGGCAGCCAGUGCAUGCAGCCCAACAACAUCAUGGGCAUCGAGAACAUCUGCGAGCUGGCGGCGCGGCUGCUCUUCAGCGCCGUCGAGUGGGCCCGCAACAUCCCCUUCUUCCCGGACCUGCAGAUCACCGACCAGGUGGCCCUGCUGCGCCUCACCUGGAGCGAGCUCUUCGUCCUCAAUGCCGCCCAGUGCUCCAUGCCCCUGCACGUGGCCCCGCUCCUGGCCGCCGCCGGCCUCCACGCCUCGCCCAUGUCCGCCGACCGCGUGGUGGCCUUCAUGGACCACAUCCGCAUCUUCCAGGAGCAGGUGGAGAAGCUCAAGGCCCUGCACGUCGACUCGGCCGAGUACAGCUGCCUCAAAGCCAUCGUCCUCUUCACGUCAGAUGCCUGUGGCCUGUCGGACGCGGCGCACAUCGAGAGCCUGCAGGAGAAGUCGCAGUGCGCCCUGGAGGAAUACGUGCGGAGCCAGUACCCCAACCAGCCCAGCCGCUUCGGCAAGCUGCUCCUCCGGCUGCCUUCGCUGCGCACCGUCUCGUCCUCGGUCAUCGAGCAGCUCUUCUUCGUCCGCUUGGUAGGUAAAACCCCCAUCGAGACGCUCAUUCGAGACAUGCUGCUCUCCGGCAGCAGCUUCAACUGGCCUUACAUGUCCAUCCAGUGCUCCUAGAGCUCCUGGCGGCCUCCCCCGCUCAGCCCCAGAGAGAGCGAGACAGAGAGAGAGCGAGAGCGAGAGAGAGACCCAGAAGAACUCCCGCGGCAGGGGGGGCCCGGCCGGCCGCCGCCGCCUCGGCUGUGGGGGUCCCGAGGCAGACACUGACAGUCCGAGAGAGCUCAGACGCUGGGAGAGAGAGGCGCUUAGAGCCGCCCAGCCGGGCCGGUGGCGGAAAAAAACAUUACAUAAAAAAUUAAAAGGACACGCCGUGUUUGUGGAACAAAUAAAACGCAGAUGGGAGAAUUAAAAAAAAAAAGGACCGAAGGGAUUUUAAUAUAAACCCCAAAUGGAGACUAGAAUGGAUCUUCCUGGAUUUAUGACGGACUGAGAUGGAUUUCGUCUGUACAGCAAACAAACAAACACACAGUUAAAACAAAGCAAAAGCAAAAACGGAAGGCGAAUUGACUGGUGUAGAAAAGGAAGGGGGUCCGGAGGCAAAUGCUUACCACGAACAUUGUUCUUGAUUUUGUAAGAUAUUAGUCUUUAUUUUCACUUUUUUUGUAAAAUUUAAAGCAUCGUAUGCGCAUAAAGGAGGAAAAAACACAAGAAACAAACAAGGAUUAGGAGGGGUGGGAAAUAACAUUUUCCAAAUAAUUAUUAAAAAACAAACAAGGAAUUGUUCUGUGUGUAUGUA